GGCUGGGUCCCCGGCGAGCGCAGAGCGUGCGCCUUCGGGAAUCUUCGGUGCGCUACGUCUGUUCAUCGGCUGCUUGGGCUUGUGACUAGAAUUGAGGCGUCGGAGCCUGUCACUCCCGCCCUGGCCUGGGCCUCUAGCGCCUGCAGGAGCGCCGGCUCUGAUCACCUGCGGUCUGGUUGUGUGCCUCAGUGGCUGCAGCUGCCCGAGGGUUUGUUCUGGGAGAGAGCUGAGAGCGCGGUGUCCUGGCGCGUGGAAGCCCCGCAGCUCUCGCGUCAUGGUGAAGAAGAAUAGUAUCCCCAACGGGUGGAGGACUGUGACGCCAAUUGGACAUCCUCUACCUGGAACACGAUUUAUUGCUUUUAAAGUUCCUUUGAAGGGAGCAGUUAAUCAGAGACUUACUCCAACCCAGAAGUUUACACCAAAGGAUUUGAUUAGUGCAAUAAAAGCAUUAAAUGUGGAGCUUGGAUUAAUUAUCGAUCUAACAUACACCACAAGAUAUUAUGAAAUUAAGGAUUUACCUAAAAGUAUUCAUUAUAAAAAACUUUAUACUGUUGGACUUGAAGUCCCUGACAAUGCUACUAUUCUGCAGUUCAAAAAGUGGGUCAGAAAGUUCCUGUGGGAAAAUGCAGAAAAUGAUAAACUCAUUGGAGUUCAUUGUACCAAUGGAAUUAACAGAACAGGAUAUCUGAUAUGUAGGUACCUUAUCGAUGUUGAAGGCUGGCAUCCAGAUACAGCAAUUCAAGCUUUUGGUGAGGCCCGUGGUCAUCGAAUAGAUGGAUGUGUGUACUUAAAGGAUCUCAAAACUCGACCCAUGAGAAGUAAUCUUGGAAUGGAUGUCUGGGAUUCUGAUGAAGAUGUAAAUCCCCCUUCUAAUUCUUUGGAAGAACCUGGAGAUUGGUCCCCAAAUGAAGACUUUCAUGGCAGGACUGGGAAAAGGUCAAGGCUUCUUAAUGACCAGCACCCUCGAAAUGAUGUACAGAUAAAGGAUUAUGAUUAUGUCAACAAUGGACCUGCCCAGAAGCAUGGGGAUUUUUAUAAACACCAGUGUAGUGACAGCAUGCCAGAAAAGAGACACCUGAGAAAUUGGGAUUUGGGUAACAAAGGACCAGGACCAAGAUGUUCAUUCUUUGCUAAUCACCAGUGUUAUGAUGUCUUCCAAGAGGAAACUGAUUUCAGUAACAAGAUACAUGGAACAAGACCAAGACCAUUUCAUGAUCACCAGCCUCACAGUGACUGCCAUGAACCAGAUGCUGGAGAUGAUUUUGAUUUUGUUAGCAAAGUUGGUGGACAAAGGAGACAUUCCAUUCAGAGAUAUCAGGCCUAUAGUAACUGUCGCGAACCAUUUCCAUCAAAAGAUUUUGGUUUUAUUAACAGAAGCUGGGGACAAAAACGACGACCUUUCUAUAACCACUGUGAGUACCCACUUCAUGGUGAUUUUCAGGACCAGUUACUUGUACAAAGUUCUCAUUUUCUCAACAGAAGUGGUGGUUUUCAAAGGCAAAAACCUUCCCACCAGGACUAUUUUCAUGAUGAAAUGAAUUUGGAAGAUUUAGAAUAUACUGAUGAAGUAUCAGCGCACACACGAGGAUCUCUACAUGAUCAUUCCAACAAUGAUUUCUCAGAGAAAAUGUCAUUGAAAAAAUAUGUUAAUAGAGGUCAUGGACAAAGACUACCACCUUUUCCAAAGUUUCAGAAACAAAGGCAAUUAAGUAAUUUUGAUUUCAACAGUGGAACAGGACCAUGGCAAAUAUCUUCCUGUAAUCACCCACCUCAUGAUCCACAAGAACAGAUUCUAUUGGAAGACUUGGAUUUUGAACAGGAAACAUCCUUGCAAAGGCCACAAUCUUUUCAGGACUCCCCACUUCCUAAUAAUAUAAAUCCUGAUUGGCAUUUAGAUAAGUGAGUCAUUUUAUUUUGCACAGUAAGGAACAGUACUUUUUACUCCAACAAAACACUCAGACUUCUUUCAAAUUAGGUAUUUGUAUAAAAGUGGUAUAAAUUGUCACCCAAAGCUAAAAUUCAGAUUUAUUCUUUUAUAGAUUCAGUUUAUAAUCAAGGUUUAUUUCUGAUGCUGUGAAUUAUAAAUUUACCUUUAUUUCCCAAGAUUGCAGUAAAUAUACAAAUUAGAUUUAAAUGGUUUAACCCUUCACUGUAAGCUGGUAGUAAAAAAACAGAUUUUUCACAGAAAUACCAUGACUUUUAGAUAAGGAUUUUUAAACAUGGGUUUAAACUGUGUGGGUUCACUUAUAUGUGGAUGUUUUAUGGUAUAAUACUGUAAAUGUAUUUUCUCUUACGAUUUUGAAUAACAUUUUCUUUUCUCUAGCUUAUCGUAAGAACACAGUAUAUAACACAUAUAGCAUAAGACCACAUGUUAAUCAACUGUUUAUGUUACCAGUAAGGCUUCUGGUAAACAGUAGGCUGUUAGUAGUUAAGUUUUGGGGAAGUCAGAAGUUACACGUGCAUUUUCGACUACACAGGGAUCAGCGCCCCUAACCUCCAGAUUGUUCAAGGGUCAACUGUAUUCCUUUUAGAUGUGCUACAAAUUAUUUUUUCUUUAAUUUUAAUUCUAGUAUGGUUAACAUACAGUGUUAAAUUAGUUUCAGGUGUACAAUAAAGUGAUUCAGCAAUUCUCUAUAUUACUCAGUAUAUUACCCUCACCACUGUGAGGCUGGUGAUCAUGAAAUGGUCUCGGUCUUGUUCCAUGUAUCUUGUUAUUGAAAUCUGUUUCCUCUUGUAAUAUACUGAGUAAUAUACAGGAAUAUACAAUAUACAGGAAUAUAUAAUUCUCUAUAUUCCUGUAUAUUACUCUUAACCUGCUCAUCAGGUUUAAGUUUAGUACUUUUAAUCCCCAUCACCGAUUUCACCCGUACCCUACCCACCUCCCCUCUGGUAACCAUCAGUUUGUUCUGUUUUUUGGUUUGUCUUUGUUUGCUACAAAGUAUUUUUUCAUAUACAUGCACCAGUAGUCCUCUCUCUGCCACGCAGUAAUCGUCUCUUGGUGCCGUUAGAUGGGAGCGUCGUCAGGAGAGCAGGGAGCACAGUGACCCUGAAGCACAAGGCAGGAAGGAGAGACGGGGAGCCUGACAUCCGAAAGGGAAAGAACAAGAUAAGAAAGCGAGAAAAAGGGAUAGAAAUAAAAAGCCAAGCCAGGAAAAGAGAGCAGUGUGCUGGGAUGGAGAAUAAGGCCGUAGAAAAGGGGAAAGGUUUGAGAAAGGAGAUGAAGACUAGAAAAUUAUGUGCCUGCCCUUUCAAUUCAGAAUGUUUCCUCCAAUUGUACAACAUUAUUCUACAUGUACCUGGAGAGAUGUGAAUUUCCACCUGUGGGCUGUGGGCUAUCCUGGUUUUCUUUAGAAAUUUUUCUUUUUUUCUCUCCUGCCUUCCUCACUUUCCUCACGUCACAGAGCCUGAGGAAAUGCUGAUUUAGCCGCGAAACCAUCCUUUUCAGUCCUAUCCCUGAUUGCUACCAGUGAUAUGUAAACACGUUAGAAAACACGCAUUUCAUGAAGCCACAUAUAUGCAGAGUUUAUAUACCACCUCUGCACAUCCUGGCCACUGCCUCUGGAAAUGACUGUCACUGUCUCCCUUGUGGUUUGGGGGUUGCAAAACCAGUUAAUCAGUUCAUCUGCACGGUUACCAGUGACUACCAGCUAAGCUAAAAAUUUGUUUCAUUUCCUUUAUAAUAACUUUGCUCUAUUCCAUGAUUAUCAGUCUAUACCUAACCCCAGCCCACUGUCUUCCACUGGACAAGAUAAAAGACAAGAUUGGUCGAUAGAAAUCUCUCACUCCCCUUAGGAUAGCUUCUCUAAUACUGAUGAUGGGUUAGGAGGAUUAUAGUAUUCAAAAGAGGGCAUGUAAAAGAAAAGGCCUUUGUUAGGCUUACUUUUUUUUCCCAUCUUGUCACUUAGUACCAAAGUUGGGGUCAGGAUUAUAAGCAUCCUCUGUGAAAGAAUAUAAGUUUCAGUAUAAAAGGAUAUUCCAUACUGAUUUAUGUUAAACUACUCAACAGAAAUCCAAUUGGAGUUUUUGUUUUAAAUUACAUAGUUUUUCUUAGUUUCCUAACUUCUUCAGCUGUUAACAGGAUUAAAAUGGCUCGAAGGUAUUCUGAUCAAAUGGAGAGACCUAAAGGGAAAAUUGAGAUAGACCAAAAGAGACCUUGAUUUGAGGGGAAAAAGGGGCAGAUGACAGCCAAGACAAGAUUCCACCUGCCCUCUUCUUUCCACUUACCCACUACUGACAGGCCCAAGUAUAACAUAGUAUAUUAGCAACUUGGAGAAGAAGGGACUGUAGUAGGAAAAAAAUAAGAGUUCUUUACAAACACUAUCAAAUAUUUACAUUAAAAAUGCUAGAAUUAUCCCACAAAUGUAUAUUUUAGUAGAGGUUAAUUGAAAGAUUUUAGGUUUAAACAUAUGAAAAGCAAAACAACAAUUUAAAACAGGUGAGUCAUUAGCUUUCAGGUUCUCAGUGUCAGAGAAAUAUUCUAAAAGAGACUAUAAGUUACAUAACCCACUGAUUUGCUGCUACACCCAAAUGAUUCUGCUAAUCUCUCUAACUUCAUAAUAUAAAAAGGAACAGGCAAAUAUAGCUGCUGUGGUCCUAAUUCUCUCUGCAGGGUGAAGAGGGGCCUACCUCCUUUCAUGUGAGGUGCAUUCUUUCAUGCAUUUAAGGACCGGAGCCCUCUGUUUACUUUUACCGUGUUGCAUCAUGCAGGGAUUCUGCCCCCCUUCACCAUUUGACUAUUGGUAAAAGGGUACACUCACUUCUUUUAGCACAGUGUCCCCCAUAAAGUUUGAAUCCUGUUCUGUGAUUAUAAUUAACACUUGUUUCUCAACACUGGCAAAGUGAUGACAAGAGUUGAAUGAAGUUCUGUAAUGGGCACAUGGAUGUGUAUUA